GAGUAGGUGGAGUUUCCCGCUUCAGAAAACUUUGAAGACAGACUUUGCUACUGUCAAAAGAAAUCAGCCCGGCUUUGCAGAAGGAAUCUGUCAACUUGGAAGCAUGUCUGGGAAACCCAAACUUACUUACUUUAAUGGCAGAGGACGAAUGGAAUCCAUACGGUGGCUGUUAGCAGCAGCUGGAGUUGAGUUUGAAGAAGCAUUUUUGGAAAACAGAGAACAGUAUUUGAAAUUAAUCAAAGAUGGAUACUUGCUCUUUGAUCAAGUCCCAUUAGUGGAGAUGGAUGGACUGAAGUUGGUCCAGACCAAGGCCAUUCUCAACUAUCUAGCAGGAAAAUAUCAGCUCCAUGGGAAAGACCUGAAAGACAGAGCUCAAAUUGACAUGUAUGUGGAAGGGACACUGGACUUGAUGGGAAUGAUUCUGAUGUAUCCGUUCUCUCCCCCUGAGCAAAAAGAAAAGCAGCUUGCUUCAAUCAUUGAGAAGGCCACAACCAGAUACUUUCCAGUCUAUGAAAAGGCUCUGAAACAACAUGGGCAAGAGUUUCUUGUUGGUAAUCGCUUCAGCUGGGCAGAUGUACAGCUGUUUGAAGCCAUUUUAAUGAUAGAGGAGAAAAAAUGUGAUGUUCUUGCACAGUUCCCUCAACUACAGGCUUUCAAAGCAAAAAUAAGCAACCUUCCCACCAUUAAGAAGUUCCUGCAACCUGGAAGCCAAAGGAAACCACCUCCUGAUGAUGCAUAUGUAGCAACUGUGCUGAAGGUUUUCAAGGCUGAUUAAGGAUUGAUGCCACUUGCCAGGAAGAAGAAGAAGAAGAAAGAAUGCAAAUAUUGCAAAUCACUGGGCAAUGAAAUCAAAAGAUUCUCUUUCAAGAUUAAAAUCAAUGACAAUGCAGAACGUUGAGCAAACAUUGCUUUUUUGCAGGGCAGGGUGUUACAUUCUUUUAAAGUGCAUUACGUUCUUGCAUUAAAAUAUUCCACAUAAA